CUCCCACCGGUGGGGCGGUGCUUAGAGCAAAGCUGAACGCAUACACACACUCACACGGUCCACACGGUCGGUAAAAGAAGAACGUGCGUAAAGGUUCGUGUCUUUUACGGCAAUUAUAAAAUCAUCUCGUUGCUUUUAGUUGACAUUCAGGACUGCGAAAGCGGCCACACAACCACCCAAACAUGGCACAUUUAACGAAGAACCCAGCCGAUAAGGAGCGGUUCAUUUGCGUUUAUCCCGUCUACAUCAACAGUAAGAAGACACUGGCUGAAGGACGAAGAAUCCCUGCUGAGAAGGCGGUGGAGAACCCUUCGUGCACCGAGAUUCGUGAUGUCCUGACAGCUGCCGGCGUAAACGUCCUGGUGGAGAACAAAAUGCAUCCCAGAGAGUGGAACCGUGACGUACUAUUCAAAGGUCGUGUCCGAGUUCAGCUGAAACAGGAGGACGGCACCUUGUGUCACAAUAAGUUCUCCACGCGCAAGGAUGUUAUGUUGUACGUGUCCGAGAUGAUUCCCAAGCUGAAGAGUCGCACGCAGAAGAGCGGCGGCGGCGAGAGCGGCUCACAGCAGAGUGAUGGAAAGAAGACUAAAAAGAAAAAGAAGUGAAAUCUCUUCACCUUUUUAUUCUUUACAUCUUUUUUUUGUCAGGAGCAGAAGGUUUGCGUCCAGCCUCAAAACAACACGAACCUCUUCACAUUUUAUUUUAUUUUGGAAAGUUUUGCAGGGCCUGCAAAAGAGGCGUAUCCUUUCCUGCCCCAGAACUUUGAUUUGCUUUAAAACAGAAAAAGCAAACGUGUCUUCAGAUUUUUGUUGAGUGGAAAAUAUAAACUGAAUAAACAAAUUUUUCUUUGUUUCAAAUCAAAAGUGUGAAAUUAAAACGUGCUCAUGAACAGCA